CCUUCCCUCGCAAGGAGGGAUCGGGGCUCCUCUUCUUCUUCUCUGGAGUACGUGCGUUUUCACACCCUCCUCCUCCGGCCUUCACUGUAGCAGCAGUAGAUAAAUCCUACUGCACUUCCCAUUCAUAAUCAUCCCCACCUCCACUUGAAAUUGAAACUGAAAUCAAAUCAAACCAAAUCGAGCCGAAUCAAAGCCGUCCUCCACCUCCCCAACCCCAACGAGCGAAUUCCGCUGCGGAUUGGAGCCCUCCUCCUCCCACCACAUCUAGGGUUUCGCCCAUGGACCCCGGCGCCAGCGCCAGCGCCGGCGCCGGCGGGGGCGGGGGCGGGCGCAGGGCGGGCUUCGAGCGGGCGUGCCGGCUGCCCAACACCGUCCACUCCGAGGUCCUGCCGUCGCUGCCGCUCCCCAACCUCCCGCGGGAGCUCGGCUUCGACGCGCUCCGCGACGACGAGCCGCUCGCCGUGCCCGACCGCCCGGACAUGAUCAUGCAGGCCGCCAACAUCGCCCGCAUCCUCGCCGACACCGACGUCUCCCACCUGGGCUUCACCCCGGAGGACAACGUCGACGUGGAUCCCAGCCGCUGCUCCUGGCUCUGGAGGGAGGUGCUCAAGCACAACCCCGACGCCUUCAAGGUCAAGGCGCCCGGGCCGUCCUCGCAAGGUCCAUUUGGAGGCCCAGGAUAUCAAAAUCAAGAACGUGAAAAGCACUUUGAGCAUCCUAGCAAAACACGAAAUGAAUCUGCAUUUCCUCAGGAUGAAAUUGACUCACAUAGAGAGCAUUUUCGUAAUGAACUGACCCCAGAUUCAGUUGCUUCAAAGAAGCCAAAAGUAAGGAAGAAAGAAAUUAACAAUUCUGUUUUAAGUUCUGCCCCCAGCAUUCCUAAUAGUCAAGAAGUUAUUGCUAACUUCUGUGAGGUGGUGGAGGAUUUCUGUGGAAAAGCCGAAAUUCCCGAUGAUGGAGAUGGCGGUGACUGGUUGUCAAUCCCACUUAAUGAUGUUAAGGUUCUUGUGAAUGAAAUUACAUCUGUUCGAUCCAAAAGGAUAUUGCAUGAGGUUCCUAUGGAUACAGUUACAAGGUUAUUAGAUGUGAUUGAUCGUCAGAUUCGAUGUUCUCAAGGUUUAUCGAUAGAUGUGAAGGAAAAUUCUGAUGCCGUUGAUGCUGAACCUCUGGUUUUCUCUGCUUUGGAGUCCAGUCAUGCUGCGUUGGCAAUUAUGACCCACCAUGAUAUGCCAAAGCAACUGUAUCGAGAAGAACUUAUUGAGCGAAUUAUUGAUUUCUCAAGGCAUCAGAUCACAGAUUGUAUGGCAGCAAGUAACCCAACCUUCCGAGCUCUCUACAAACCAGCUGAAAAUGUUGCAAACAAUGGAGAUGAUGACGAAGAUGAUUUGGAAAAUGUACAAGUUAGCAAAAGGAGACGUACUGCUACUAAUUUGAGCAUGAGGAAAUCUUCAAACAGAGUUUCUGCUUCUGUUUAUUCUGCUAUGCAGAAACUAUGCUUGAUAUUGGGCUUUCUUAAGGAACUGCUCACAACAGUUCGCUUGUCAGAUAGUUGUAUUCUGCAGUUAGCGAAAACAUGCUUUACUACAUUCUUGGUGGAUAAUAUGGAGCUAUUACAAUUGAAAGCGAUUGGGGUGAUUUGUAUGGUGUUUUCAUCAUACACACAGCACAGGAGUUACUUGGUUGAUGAAACACUUCACCUUCUUCGCAAGUUGCAGUUUUCCAAAAAUGCCGUUAGAACCUACCAUCUAGCAGAUGAAGACCAAAAGCAAAUCCAGAUGAUAACAGCACUGUUAGUUCACCUGGUUCAGUUUAGUGCAAUUGUUCCCGAUAGAUUAAAAGGAACAGUUGAUUGGACCAGUAUCGUUGAUGCCUCCAGUGAUGCUGAUUAUUAUCCAAUUAAAUGCCAUGAAGUGGCAACAGAUGCUUGUUGCCGUUUUUGGACUGAUGUCCUUCAACGUUUUACUUCUGCUAAAUCUCAAGAUAUGUCGGAAACCAAAGGAAUAAUAGAUAAUCUUGUUCAGGAUUUCCUAACGAUACUAAACUUGCCGGAGUAUCCAGCUGCUGCUUCUAUUCUUGAGGUUCUCUGUGUGUUGCUGCUUCAGAAUGCUGGAUUGAAAUCUAAGGAUACUAAUGCUCGGUGCUUUGCUAUUGAUCUUCUUGGUGGUAUUGCAUCAAGACUGAAGCGUGAUUCUGUCAUCUGUAGUGAGGAGAAGCUUUGGAUAUUGCAAGAUCUCACUGAUGCAGGUAGUGAUGGUUCAAAAAUCUUGAAAAACAAGUGCUGUGUUUGUCUUGGUGGAAGAGGUAUAAAUAUAGCCUGUAAUGAAUGCGGAAGAUGUUUCCAUUCAGAUUGUAUGGGGGCUGGUAGUCAGGAUAACUUACAGCGUGAUAGUGUCUGCCCCUUGUGUUUUUGCAAACAACAGCUCAAUGUGCUACAGUCAUACUGCCAGUCACAAAUUAAAGAAAAUGGCAAAAAAACUGCUGCCUCUGCUAGUAAGAAAUCUGCUAAAUCAGCUGAGGUGCCAGCAGUGGAUAUUGUUCGACAAAUACUACUGAGUUAUCUCCAAGAAGCUGGUCCACAAGAUGAUGGGAACCUGUUUACUCGAUGGUUCUAUCUGUGCAUCUGGAACAAAGAGGACCAACAUUCUCAGGAGAUUAUCUACUAUCUCGCUAGAUUAAAAUCCAAGGAGAUUCUGCGAGAUUCUGGCAAUGGUCUGGCAAUUUCCAGAGAUUCAGCAAAGAAAAUUUGCUUGGCACUUGGUCAGAAGAACUCAUUUUGUAGGGGUUUUGAUAAAAUUCUUGCCCUUCUUUUGGCUAGCUUGAGAGAAAAUUCUCCUGUAAUAAGAGCAAAAGCCUUACGUGCGGUCAGCAGUAUAGUUGAAGCUGACCCUGAGGUCUUGGGUGACAAACGUGUCCAAUCUGCUGUUGAAGGGAGGUUUUGUGAUUCGGCUAUUUCUGUUCGUGAAGCUGCCCUUGAACUUGUUGGGAGGCAUAUUGCUUCACAUCCUGAUGUGGGCCUGAAGUAUAUAGAAAAAGUUGCUGAGCGAAUAAAGGACACUGGAGUCAGCGUUCGCAAGCGUGCAAUCAAAAUUAUAAGGGAUCUUUGUGCUUCAAAUCCGAACACAGACACAACUCAUGCCUUUGUGGAGAUAAUUUCUCGUGUUAAUGAUGAGGAGUCCAGUGUACAGGAUCUUGUAUGUAAAACAUUUUAUGAGCUAUGGUUUGAAGAACCAACUGGGAGUCAUAAGCACUUGGUUGCUGAUGGAAGUUCAGUUCCAAUGGAGAUAGCUAAAAAGACUGAGCAAAUUGUUGACAUGUUGAGGAAGAUGCCCAAUCACCAACCCCUGAUUACCAUCAUAAAACGUAACUUGACUCUUGAUUUCCUCCCUCAGUCAACCAAGGCUGCAGGGAUUAACUCAUCCAUGGUGGCAUCAAUUCGGAAGCGUUGUGAAUUGAUAUGCAAACGCUUAUUAGAAAGAGUAUUGCAGGUUGAGGAGGGAGCUGCUAAUGAGAUGGAAAUCCAUGCACUUCCUUAUAUUGUUGCCUUGCAAGCAUUUUGUAUUGUUGAUCCCACACUAUGCAUUCCAGUAACUGAUCCUUCUAAGUUUGUUGUGACACUACAACCAUACCUUAAUAUUCAGGUUGACAAUAAAUCAGCUGCCCAGUUGCUUGAAAGUAUUAUUUUUGUGAUUGAUGCUGUUCUUCCACUCAUAAGGAAGCCGCCACAAAAUGUUGUUGAAGAACUUGAGAAGGAUCUGAAAAAUAUGAUAGUUCGCCAUUCGUAUUUGACAGUUGUACAUGCUUGUAUCAAGUGCCUUUGUGCUCUGAGCAAGUCAGCAGGUAGAGGUCCAGGAUUACUGGAAAACCUUGUUAAUAUUUUCUACAAGCAUCUGUCUGGAGCUAAUUCAGAUAGUCAGCUGUUGGGUCGAUCACUGUUUUGUCUUGGACUCCUCCUUCGGUAUGGUUAUCAAUUGAUGCUAACAUCUGAGAAUCAGCUAGAUUUUCCCAAGAUUAUCAACUUGCUCCAGAGAAAAUAUCUUCUCAGGGAUGACUUCAGCUUGAAGGUUCGAGCUUUGCAGACUUUGGGGUACAUACUUAUUGCGAAGCCUGAAUUUAUGCUACAAAGGGAUAUGUUGAAACUCAUAGAGACAGCACUAUCUUCUGGGGUUGAUUAUAGAUUAAAGAUUCAAGGACUUCAAAACCUAUAUGAGUAUCUCAGAGAUGCUGAAAGCCAACUUACUGCUGAGAGUACUGCGAAACCUCCUGUACAGUGUGAAAUAAAUGGCGGAAGUGAAGUGCCUGUUGCUGCUGGUGCUGGAGACACCAACAUAUGUGGUGGUAUUAUCCAGUUGUAUUGGAGUUCUAUUCUUGAUAGGUGCUUGGAUACAAAUGAUCAAGUUCGCCAGAGUGCACUUAAGAUCGUUGAAGUUGUACUUCGCCAGGGUUUAGUUCACCCUAUUACCUGCGUUCCUCACCUUAUAGCACUUGAAAUGGACCCAAUGGAGGGGAACUCGAAGUUGGCUCAUCAUCUACUGAUGAAUAUGAAUGAAAAGUACCCUUCAUUUUUUGAAAGCCGCUUGGGUGAUGGACUACAAAUGUCAUUUAAAUUCUUUGAAUCCAUAGUCAGCAACCAUAAGAUGGCAGCAAACAUAAAAUCAAAUCCAAUUGCAUUUGUCAAACCUGGCAUAUCUAGAAUAUACCGUCUUAUCCGUUCAAAUCGAAAUUCCAGAAACAAAUUUGUCCACUCGAUAGUUCGGAAAUUCGAGUCUGAUAGCCGGAGUCGCAGCACAGUUAGCUUUCUUGUUUACUGCGCUGAAGUUCUUGCCUCCCUGCCUUUCACAUGCUCCGAUGAACCACUUUACUUGAUCUAUGAUAUAAAUCGAGUUAUUCACCUUAGAGCUGGAGGAGUUGAGGGCAAUUUGAAAAGGUGGACUUCUAUGUCUCAACCGCAAGAUACGGCGGGUGUGCCAACAUUGCCAAGAGAGAGUCAUGUUGUCAUGCAAGAGCCUGGCGGAUAUUACGAUAGUGUGGGAUAUGUCCGUGAAAGGGUGAAUGACAACAAUCCUUGCAGUACUUCUAACGUGGACAUGGCCAAAGUGCAGGUGGAUGUGGACGUGGCCAAAGUGCAGGUGGAUGUGGACAUGACCAAAGUUCAGGGAGAUUGCCAUGAUGCAAUAGCCCUCCAGCUACUACUGAAAUUGAAGAGACAUUUGAAAGUUGUUUAUAGUUUAGAUGAUGCCCGCUGUCAGGCAUUUUCUCUAAAGGAGCCUCCUAAAUCUGGAGAAGCAUUCUCCAGGCAGAAUGUUCCUUUUAAUAUUGGCAACACUAACAUCAGUCUGCCGAGCUGCCUGCAGGAUGUAGCUUCUGUUUACCAGGAUUUCAAGACAGCGCUCCGCGAAGAUUCCAUGGACUUUGCUGUGUUCAUCCCUUCAGUCCAGACUAGGAAGCGCCCAACUCCAAGAAGUGCGGCGAACCCAACCCCAAGAAGUACGACGAGAGUCAGGAGAACGGCUGCCCCGAGUGUUACAAAAGCCCGUGGUGGUGCACGGGGUGACGAUUCUGAUGAUGCUGAUGAUGAUGACUGGACUGGGGGCCCAAGAAUGCUCGACUUCAGUGGGGGUGGCCGUGUGACAAGGCAGAGAGUCCAAGUAUGAUGAUGACUGGUCUUGGUGCUUUUGUACAUUCUAGGGAAACCUAUAGCAGCUGACUUCAGUUAGGGCUGAGUUUUAGGUUUAAAGUCGUUUAGGGUACAUAGAAGCAGAAAGGAAAGGAAGAUAGCUUUUUAUUUAGAUGCCAUUAAUUUGGAGCACUCCUUUUCUUGCUCUGCCUCUGUCCUGUUUGUAAUUCCCAUCGGGCUUUGGCAAAACUGACAAACGGGUUGUGCUCCGGCUUCUGAUCUGAUUCAAUGGGAAUGAAGCUAUUCCUUUUGUUAAAUUGUUCUUUUGCCUGUAUAACAGUUACCCUAUGUUUCGUUUAAUUGUCCCGCUCGCUGACGUUGUA